AUGGAGAUUGUCACACAUUUAAUUAACGACACCAUAGAAUUCUACAAAUGGACCCUCACUAUUGCAGACAAGCGAGUGGAGAAAUGGCCUCUGAUGGACAACCCCCUACCCACGCUGGCCAUCAGCACCUCCUACCUCCUCUUUCUCUGGCUUGGGCCCAAAUACAUGAAGAACAGAGAGCCCUUCCAGCUCCGCAAAACCCUCAUUGUCUACAACUUCAGCAUGGUCUUCCUCAACUUCUUCAUCUUCAAAGAGCUGUUUAUGGCGACGCGAGCAGCCAGAUACAGUUACAUUUGUCAACCGGUGGAUUAUUCAGAUGAUCCCAAUGAAGUGAGGGUGGCGGGAGCUCUGUGGUGGUAUUUUAUCUCCAAGGGCAUUGAAUAUCUGGACACUGUGUUUUUCAUCCUGAGAAAAAAAUUCAACCAGGUUACCUUCCUGCACGUCUACCACCAUUGCAGCAUGUUCACACUCUGGUGGAUUGGCAUCAAAUGGGUGGCAGGAGGACAGUCCUUCUUUGGUGCACACAUGAAUGCGAUGAUCCAUGUCUUGAUGUACCUGUAUUAUGGCCUUGCCUCCUGUGGACCUAAAAUCCAAAAGUACCUGUGGUGGAAGAAGUACUUGACGAUAAUCCAGAUGAUUCAGUUCCACGUCACCAUCGGCCACACGGCCUUGUCUCUCUAUGUCAACUGCGACUUCCCCCACUGGAUGCACUACUCCCUCAUCUGCUACGCCAUCACCUUCAUCGUCCUGUUUGGCAACUUCUACUACCAAACCUACCGCCGCCAGCAGCCCGCCCGGCGUGACACCUCCUCUUCCUCCAAAGCAGGAAAGGCUCUUUCUAAUGGCACCCUCAACGGGCUCAGCAAAGCUGCCAACGGAGCAAUGCUGAUGGGGAGCAAAGAGGAGAAACCCCAGGAGAACUCCGGGAGGAGAAAGAGGAAAGGACGAGCUAAAAGAGAUUAAAGGAGGGGGGAGCCAAAGAGGUUCAGGUGAGGUGCUUUGGCUUCUAGGCUAGUGCUAAAACAUGAAAGACUUACUUUGAGGAAGAUUUAGACAGGUGGAUGAUCACGUGUGAUGAGUUUAUUUAAGCCAUGAUCUGAGUUGUAUAUAAAAUAUGAGACAGGCAUUUUUGUUAAGAGAGGAUCAUGCUGUUACUAAAAGGCGGUCAUUGGUCAUACACCAGAUGACCAUUAUAACAACUCCAAAUACAAUAGUUUCUGAUGUGAGAUAGAGCUUUGUAUUCCUUCUCUUUAUUGUGGUGCUGUGACUUUCAGCUACUUUAAAACAGAGCCUGAAAAUAAGACGGGCCGGUUUCAGAUACUGGGUAAGUUGCAUUUGAUGCAUGUGAGCUGGUAAAAAAAAACUAAUAUAAACCGCUAUAUUGAGACAGGAAUACACACAGUAACACAAAUGCCUAUUUAUAUUUGAGCGUAUAUUCUUUUUUUCCUUUUUUUUUUUUUUUGCUUACCUGUACAGAUAUAAAACUGAUGAUAAUGUACACUAUCAUGUCAGUUUUGUCCUCAUCUUAUUCACCUGCUGUUGGCGUUACACAGGAGAGACUUUUAAGUUUACAGCUCCUGCUCACUGAUUCUGACACUUCUGCAGUUAGUCACAUCGUUGUGCAGAUGAAACGUAUUGACACUAAUUUAUUUAUGGGGAUGUAGAUGCUCACUUUUGAGCUGUCAUCCACACAAAAAAUAUAUAUAUAAAAAAGAGGAUGAAUAAAUCCAUAUCCAGAGGUAAGGUGUACAUAGAAAUAGUAAAAAAUGAAUUCUCGAUGCUCAUUGGAUGAAACUGUUGCACUGCUGGCUUGUUGCCGAUCUCUCUGUGUGGUUAAACACAGAGAGAUCGGCAACUUCAGCUCACAUGGGGGUGAAAUUUAGAUUCUUGUUAUUUCUAUAUACAACCAUAAACCAUUUUGUAUAUCCUUACCUGUAUGUAAUGUGAUGAAAUGUAAUAACUGUUAUUCAGAAAAAUUAUGAAUCUGAGAACUUUCUCAGUGUUUUCACCCCCCACCCCCCCACGACAGCGAAGCUGGUGGAGUUUUGUCUUUGCAGAUGUUUACCCGUCUUUUUAUAUUAUAUCCUCUCGGAAGUUGUCGUUUGUCUUAGACCCUGGUGAAGAUGUUGUGUGCUGAACAUGGUGGCAUUCUGGGUUCCCCUUUUGUAUUUAUGGAGAAUUCAGAGCUAGCUUAAAGCUACUAUUUAUUUAUAUUUUUUAAUCACGUUAACUAAACCUGCAUUAGUGCUGUUUUCUUUAACAUAUUCAGUCAAACGGGGUUUUUUUUUUUUUAAUCUAACUUUUCAAAUUGAAUUCAUGUGCGGAGCAGGCUUGAAUGUAAAUUUAUCAGAGAAGAGAUUUGGUUUAGAAAACAUUAUGCAUUAAGCAUUAUGAUUUCUGUACAGAAAGAGUUGGUGAGCAUCUGUUGGGAUGACCUAUGUGUUACCACUGAAGAACAUCUGUGGUCUGUCUGUAGUAUAAGGAGUGUAAAUCAAUGAUCAGCUCGAUAUAUCAGCAACUCCUGCUUUAUUUCAUCCAUCAGCCGAUGCAUUUCAGUGUUAGUUUAUUUAUUGGUUAUUUAUUGUUAUGUAAAUACUGAUUUCCAUCUUGCUAAGAGUGCUUGUCUCUGUAUUUGUCUUCUUUUUGUGUUGUACAUACUAUAUUGUGAUAUUUUGUACACUGCUCAUUUGGGAAUGUUCCUGGCUUUUCUGCUUGGGCAUUUUAUAAGUCAGCAUUGCUUCUGUUUUUAAUUUCUUUCUUUUUUUCUUUUUAGCAUCAUAUCUUUGAACACUCUUCAAAUUAAACUAAACUAAAUGCCUGUA